AUGACACUAGCGUCGACGGUGGAGGCGGCUGCGAAGCUUGCGGCUGUGGCCCACGUGGAGGCGCUGACGGGGCAGGGCGGAGGAACAGCCACAGGGAGUGGUGAGAUGGCGGAGAGGAUUAUUAGGGCAGAGACGGAGAGGGCGGUGGCGGAGAUGGAAAGGUUGAAGGCACAGGCAGAAAAUGUAGGGAGGGAAACGGAGAGGCUGAGGGCGGAGGCGAUAAAGGUGUGGAAAGAAGCUGAGAGGGCGGUGGCAGAGACAGAACGGCUGGAGGCAGAGGCAAUGAUGGUGAGGAGUAAAAAGAUGAUGAUUGAUGCGGAGACUGAGAGGCUCAAGGCUGAGACAGAGUGGAAGAGGACGGAAACCGGGGUGGUUGUGGGGAUGAAUGCUGACGGGUUGGUGGACAACACCCUUCCCGGACGGAGUGGAGUUGCCGAAAGUGGGUUUGGGGGGGUGGUGGGGGAGGUGGAGGGUGAGCAGAUGAAUGUGCAGGCCGAGAACGUCGGUGUAGAGGUUGGGGACUCGGCGCAGAUGCAGGGGGGUGAAAGGCCGAAGACCGGAAGUUGUAGGACAAGGCGGAGGGAGGAGGUUCUAGCGAGGAUGAAGGCGGAGGUUCAGCCGGGGAUGAAGAUGGAGGAGGUUCACGCGAGAUUGAGGGCUGAGGUUCAGGUGAAGUUAAAGGCGGAGGCGGAUAGGUAG